AUGGCUGAACAUAAUUUACUUCAAAUAGAACUUCCAUCUGUCACAGGCCAUGAUAUUUCAGGGAAGGUAGUAGCUGUUGGAAACAGUGUUAAAGAAUUUAAAGUUGGUGAUGAAAUAUUCGGCAUGCUUAGUUUAAUAGCUGCUGGAGCUUUUCAAGAGUAUUGUGUGGCGAAUGAAGAUUAUAUUGUAAAGAAGCCUUCAGGAAUCACUCAUGAGCAGGCUGGCUCAUUAGGUGUAGCGUUCUUAUCAGCUUUAGAUGGUUUGCAACAUGUGAACAAUAAGAUUAAUGGAGCAACGGUUUUUAUUCCAGGGGGAUCAGGAGGUGUUGGUCAUUUUAUAGUUCAAAUAUGUAAAAUUUGGGGUGCCAAAACCAUCAUAACAUCAGCCUCGAAAGACGACGGUAUUAAAUUGUUAAAAGAAACCUAUAAAUGUGAUCAUGUCUUGAAUCACUGCAAAUCGAAUGUCGUUGAUGAAGUCAAGAAACUUACGCAGGACCGAGGUGCUGAUAUCGUCUAUGACGCCACAUAUUUGUCGUCAAGCU